UCUGCUGUCAGAAACAGCAACACAGGAUUCUUCGACUCGUCGAAAAGUCGGUAAAGAUAAGCCAAGAUGCCGGAGGCUCCUGCUCGUAAUCCGUUGGACAGUUUCCUGAACGCCGUCCAGGCUACCAUCGAUGGACCUGUAACUUGGUUCCGCGAGAAAAUCGUGGAACCCAACCGGCAAACCUAUCCGUGGUAUCACCAACAGUUCCGCCGUGUGCCUACGAUUGACCAAUGCUACACGGACGAUGCGGUGUGCAUGUUCGAAGCCAACCAGCAGUUUCGACGUGACAAAAUGGUCGACAACGAGAUCCUCGCGAUCCUGCGCCAGCGCUUUGAGGACUGCGUGCUGUACGAGCAGCCGGACCACGAGCGGAAGUGUCGGUCGCUGCUAGACACGUACGAGAAGGCGUCGGAAAAUUGGUUCAUCAAGUACGGCGAUCUCGGCGGGUACGCCAAUGCCAAGACGGCCUACAUGAAGCAGAAGCACCGCAUGAUCUGGGAGAGACGCCACGGACCGGUCGGUAGCGGCAUGAAGGUGGUCGACGGAGAGGAUGCCGGUGAAGGGCACUAGGCGGGAGCGAACGGAGAGCGAGAAAUGGGGAUCGGUUUGUCCCUAAGGAGGGAUGCAAGUAGCCUGCAGUUGGCCUCCUCCGCUGCCGACUCCGCCGGAGAUUUUUGGCCGAGAAUUGUUCAGGACAGCAGUGUGUGCAAAACGUAGUAGUGGAAACGCUGAGUUUAUGUCGCGCUUACAAUUGUUGAAUUGGAGUGUAAAUAUAAGAGCAAACAUAAAUACACCAAAAAAC